CUUGCUCAGUUACUCUUCUAUUUGAUGCUGCAAAAAAAAGACAAUUCGUUGUACAUUGGAUCAACAAUAGCAUUGUCAUGGAGAGAAGGUAUACAUGUUCAAGUGGCGGGCUCCUAGAACCAUUUUAUUGAUGUGGAAUUCAGACUUGAAAUGGAAGCCCCCAAUUGGCGUUUCACGGGCUUCGGUGGGUGUCCAGAAAGAAAUAGACAUCGAGAAUCGUGGGAUAUACUUCAAUCUUUGAGCUUGGGAGUUGAUCCUCCGUGUUUGCUUCUGAGAAGAGGGGGUGGGUUCCCCAUCCUCAUUGGCUUCUCAGAGGAUUUCGAGAGACAGUUUGGGAGUGCAGCCUAAGGAAUUUUGCUUUCUAAGGCUAUCAGUUCACUUGGGAACGAUGGAGAGGAUCUCCAAAUUGGGUAGAGGAAAAGCUUGACAGGAUUUUGGUGUCUGAGAGCUGGCUUGAUAUUUUUGGAGAGGCUGUGGCAGAAUCUAUGGAGGGAGCACUGAGCGAUCACCUAGGUUUGUACAUUAAAAUUAUCCCUACUCAACAUGUUAGGCGGAGGCGUAAUUUUAAGUUUGAAAACGUCUGAUUCAAGGAGGCUGAUUGUUGGGAGAUUGUGGCUCGUAGCUGGGGUUUAGCUCGCAACUGGGAAAAUAUGGGGAAAAGACUUGAACAUCUCUGGUGCAGAUGGGAUUCUUGGGGACUCGGAGAGUUUCAUAGGGUUAAGCAGAAAUAUAUUGACCUCUUUGAGAAGGAGAACAUUUUUUGGAGACAACGGUCAAGGAAUUUUGGUUGCAAGGAGGUGGAGGGAGGGAGGAGUUUGUCUUUGACUGUGUUCGACGCAAAAUUGCAGAGCAACAUAAUCAUGAUCUCCUACGUCCUUGACUCCUUGGUGAGGAAGUUAAAGCUAACGCUUUUGCUAUGUUCCCUGAUAAGUCUCCUGGUCCGGAUGGGUUAAGCUCGAGCUUCUACCAUCAUUUUUGGGAUGUGGUUGGACCGGAUGUUAUCCAUUUCUGCAAGGAGGCCUUCACUUCAGGUCUUAGUGCUCUAUUGCGCAGAUGUGAAUCUAUGGGGCAGUUACAUGGGGUCUCUAUUGCGCGUUGGCCACCUAUGAUCUCCCUAUGAUCUCCUAUAUUUUGCGGGUCACGAUUUGCAUUUGAGUGUGAAUUUAGCUUUAGAAAUAAUAGCAAUUCCACAAUAAUACUCCCUCCGAUUCAUAAACAAUUUCUCACUUUCCUUUUCGGGCAAUCCCGAAAUUAACUUCCCACUUCUUCCCAUUUUCUUAAACAGUGCCAAAUAGUGUCUAAACAGUGCACUCCAAAGUGAAGUCAAUUGAGAAGUUUAUUGUGAACAGGAAGGAGUAAACAAAAAAAUGCAAUUCCAAAAAAUGCUCCUACCUAUAAAUACACAAAAAUUCAAAAGUUGAGUCCAAGGAAAUCGACCAUGCUUGGUGAGCAAUUGCAUCAUCUCCGGAACAGGCGUUGAAUGCAGACAGAGAAGCAGCAGCACAUCGGUUUUUGAUCAUUUCUUUUCUCCUUCUGAAUUACUACGUACUACUCAUCACAAAUGUUUUGCAAUGCCUUCGCCGUCGAUACUGAGCCUAAGGCAAAAUUACGCCGCCGGAGGUCUCUUUGCUCUUGCCGUCCACCACGUCCAGAUCCACCAAACUCGUCAUCUUGGAUCUCCAUCGUACCACGUUCAUCCCAAACCGGCGCCAGAACGCACCCCUAAGGAAACCACCCACGGCUGUGAUUCCGUCUCUGAAGAUCCUCAGUUCUGGGCCCACCAUUCCUCCGGCCUGCUCCGCCGCAUCUUCAAGUUUUUAGAGAUCGAGGAUUCAACGUGGACUGGGCUUGAGGAAACUGCUGGAUCUUCAACAACCCAGAAUCAUGUAGAAGCGUUUGUUAGGUCGUUACUCAAUGAGGAAAUUGGUGGUGGCUCUUCAGAAGCAGAGAGAAAGGAACUUGAUUUGGCAAAAGCAAUAGAUGAUAUGGUAUCAAGAUUGAAGCAAUCUCUCAAUUAUCAGUCUUCCAUGCAAAAGUGGUCUGCUUAUGAAAAAGAAUACAGGGAGAAGUAUUCAACCACUGAAAAACUGGAGGAAGAUUAUGACCCAUCUCUCACAAGACAUGCAGAUAUGGAUCCUAUUUCAGGGAUGGGUGAAAAACCAGCGGAAGAUAUAAAAUUGCUUUCGUAUCAUAGGAAAUUGUCAGUUCUCUAUGUCCUUCUUUCGGCUUGUCUAGCAGAUACACCGGAAGAAUCCACUAGACAAGUAAAAGGGUACGAUGCCAGAUACCGUGUGGCUCUACGGUUGAUUGCGACCUGGUUUGAUGUCGAAUGGGUUAAAGUGGAAGCCAUUGAGACCAUGAUAGCCUGUUCAGCAAUGGCUAUAUUGAAAGCAGAAGAAUCAGAGGUAAGGGAUAUAUCUUCCGAUGAUACAUGGGCUAAGUGGAAAAGAGGAGGCAUUAUAGGUGCAGCAGCAUUGACCGGAGGUACCAUAAUGGCAAUUACUGGCGGUUUAGCUGCUCCAGCAAUAGCUGCAGGAGUGAGUGCCUUAGCACCAACUCUGGGGACAAUUGUACCGGUGAUCGGAGCAAGUGGGUUUGCUGCUGUUGCCAGUGCAGCCGGAACUGUCGCUGGCUCUGUGGCUGUUGCUGCAUCUUUUGGAGCUGCUGGAGCUGGACUUACUGGGAUUAAAAUGGCUCGAAGAAUUGGAGACGUGGAUGAAUUUGAGUUUAAAGAAAUUGGGGAAAGCCAGAACCAAGGCCGGUUGGCAGUUGAGAUAUUAAUUAGUGGAUUUGUGUUUGAGGAGCAAGAUUUUCUCAGACCUUGGGAAGGCCCACAUGGAAACUUGGAAAGAUAUGCCCUUCAGUGGGAGUCUGAGAAUCUAAUAACUUUGAGCACUGCAAUUCAGGAUUGGCUUACUUCAAAAAUUGCACUAGGAUUGAUGAAGCAAGGUGCAAUGAUGACAGUAUUAAGCUCUCUUCUAUCAGCAUUAGCUUUGCCGGCAACCUUAUUUACUAUGACUGAACUUAUUGACAGCAAAUGGGCUAUUGCUGUUAACAGAUCUGAUAAGGCUGGAGAACUGAUGGCGGAAGUGCUACAGAAAGGAUAUCAAGGACAACGGCCAGUGACACUGGUAGGGUUUUCUCUUGGAGCAAGAGUUAUUUUCAAAUGUCUCCAGACUUUAGCUGCAGACGAAGGAAAUGAGCCACCAUAAUCUGGGACCUUCCAUACACGCAUCGCCAUCAUCAAGCAUGGCCGGUGAAGCAGGAAACCAUGGUGAUGGACAUCAACCCGAGCGGCGGAAAAUAAAUGAUCCGUCCUCACCCUAUUACUUGUCUAACGCAGACUACCCGGGAUUGGUUAUUUGUGCCGUUGUUCUUAAGGGCGAAAGCAAUUACCGGGAAUGGGCAACGGCAAUGAAAAACGCGUUCCGUGCAAAGCGGAAAUUGGGUUUCCUUGAUGGAACCAUCAAGCGACCCGUGAAGGAUGGAAACGAUUUCGAAGAUUGGUUGACCGUCAAUUCUAUGGCGGUGGGUUGGAUUAUGACCUCGGUUGAUCCUACUCUUAGAACAAACCUUACCUACAUGGAAAGUGUUUGUGAACUCUGGGAGGAUUUGAAGGCACGAUUUGCCGUUGGAGACGCUAUGCGGACUUAUGAACUGAAGGAGUUGAUUCGUGAUUGCAAACAACAAGGACAGCCAGUUACGGCUUAUUUUGGUCGUCUUAAAGGCUUGUGGGACGAUUAUGAUGGCUACCGCAAUACACCACAGUGUACUUGUAACGGUUUCACGUGUGACUUGCAGAAAUUAUUUCUCAAGCAUGUAGAGAAGGAGAAAACGCACGAAUUUUUGAUGGGACUCGAUCAUGAGAAGUAUGGGACCAUGCGAUCCAACCUACUCAGUGCGGAUGAGUUACCACCCUUGACAAAAGUAUAUAACACGGUGACACAGGAGGAGCGUCACCAGAACAUAAUAAAAGGACGUGAGCAACAGACUGAGACAGUAGCUUUUGCUACUCGUACAAAUACCUUUAGUGGAGGAAAAGAUGAGAGGGUCAAAUGUACUUACUGCCACAAGAGUGGUCAUGAUGUGGACAAUUGUUUUCGACGCACCGGCAACUAUCCGGAAUGGUGGCACGUCUGGAAGAGGACGUGGGCGCACGGCGGGCGCUCAUGCACUGCAUGUACAGGAUGGCCAUGAAGCGACAGUCGCACCACAAGGAAGCAGCAACACGGCCUUGCAUAAACCUGGCUUUACGGACGAGCAGUGGCAAACUUUUCUCAAAUUGAUGGAAAAUUGUAAGACUACUUCUACCGAGGAAAAACUCUCAGGACCUACUUACGAGGAUGCCGAUUGGAGUGGGUGAUCGACGGGGAGUUUAUUACUUUCGGAGUCUGGAUUGUGCACAAGUUCAUGCUGUGGCAAGGAAUGACUCAGCCGGGCUUGUGGAACGAGUUGUUCUUCUAGGUGCACCCAUUGAAAUUUCUACCGUGAGCUGGGAAGCAGCCAGAAAGGUGGUGGCUGGGAGGUUUGUCAAUGCUUAUUCUACAAAUGAUUGGAUGCUUGGAAUCGUAUAUCGUGCCAGCCUGAUGAGUCAAGGACUUGCUGGGAUUCAACCAGUUGAAGUGGAUGGCAUUGAGAAUGUUGAUGUGACAGAAUUAAUUGAGGGACACUCUGCUUACCUAUGGACUACCCAAAGGAUCCUAGGCUUGCUCGACCUUGCAUACAAUCCUGUUUGUGGUCCUGCGACUGACUAGAAGUAGUACUCUUUCAGCUCAAUCUGUCCUUACUUAUAGCCUGUUUUUGGUAACAUAAAUGCGUUACCAUUGUGCACUUGGAAGUGGGACAACAAUCUGGGUACAAAGUUUGUUCGGCAUCACAAUGAGCAGCAUUUUGGAAAAUAUAGAGCCUUUUUUAAUUUUUAUAGCGUAAUCUUCCGACACACUUUAAAUUUACACAUUGGGAGGUAUUCGUUUGAUGGGAAUUGAAGGAUGGGAUUGGGAGUACAAAUCUCACCCUCACAACUCUCAUAGUCUCAUGUUUGUUUAGAAAAGUUCAUUUUGUAUCCUCUCUGACACUUUUAUACACAAUAUAAAUACCCAUUUCACUCUCUUA